AUGGAGAAGAUGUAUUUCCUCUUUUUAGUUGCGAUAACUUUGGUUUCAACUAUUUUUCUUUCUAAGUUACUUACAAGAGGUUACAAAACCAAAAAUCUCCCAAGAGGGUCUUUGGGUUUUCCUCUGAUAGGGGAGACCUUUAGCUUUCUUAGUGCAUUGAAGAAAGACAAAGGCGCUGAAUGGAUAAAUGAGAGAGUAUUCAAAUAUGGGAAAGUGUUCAAGACCUCCUUAAUGGGUACGCCAACUGUGGUCCUUUUUGGUCAGGCAGGUAACAAGUUCGUACUUGGUUCUGAUGAGGGUGUUCUUGCUACCAAACAACCCAAGACAUUAGCCUCUAUUGCAGGGAAAUACAGCCUUUUUGAGCUCACUGGAUCAAGGUACAAGUUAAUAAAGGGAGCAGCGUUGAGCUUUUUGAAGUCCGAAAGCCUUCAAAACUAUGUCAAACAAAUGGAUGAUUUGGUCAAGAACUUGUUACUUAGAGAGACCAAGGACAGAGACACUCUUGCUACUGUGAUAUUCGUGAAAAAGCUCACAUUCACUUUUUCAUGCAGCAUUCUCUUUGGCAUUCACGACGACCUCACUAUAAAAGCUUUCUUUGAUGAUUUCAUUUUAGCCUUUAAACAUUUUGGUGUCUUCCUCUAUCCUUUCCCGGCACCGUUUACUGGAAUGGCUUACAAGCAAGAGCCAGAAUAA